UGAGAUGAAAUAAGAAAUGACGGGCGGGGGACGGUGCCGUCGGUUGUGUAUUAAAACAUUAUUAAUAUAUAUGUACGCGAUUUAUCUAAUCGAAAUAUUAUGAGAAAAUACGGAGCUGUAAAAUGUCGCGAUAACGUAUGGUGGUGAAUCAUAUUGGUACGCACACCUCGUACGCCUCGUAUUUUAUCAUUUCGGUGUUACGAUCGCAUCAUAGCGCACGGCUUCGGACAGUGGGAACCAGUCGAUAUUAUGUGGCCGGAACGCGAGAACGAUAUAAGAAUUUUACAAUUAUGAUCCCUAUUGUGUACACAGUGUAUGGUUUCGCUAUAUUUUUUAUGAUCGCGUGGAUCUGCCUGUGGCUUAUCCACAUCAUGGCCCUGUCGUACUCGAAGUGGAAGCUGCACCGUACCGUGGACCGCUCGGCGCCGGAGCAGCCGUACCUCGGCGUAUCCAUCCUGAAGCCGCUCACCGGCGUCGACCCCAAUCUGUUCUCCAACUUGGAGACGUUCUUCACGAUGAACUACCCGACUUACGAGUUGUUGUUCUGCGUGGAAGGCGAGCACGACCCGGCGGUCAUGCUCGUGAAUAGCCUCAUGCAGAAGUACCCGCAAGUGGCCGCGCGUUUGUUCAUCGGCGGGAUGUGCGUCGGCGUCAACCCCAAAAUCAACAACAUGCAGCCAGCGUACUCUGAGGCCAAGUAUCCGCUAGUGUUGGUCAGCGACUCGGGCAUCCGUAUGCGCGAAGACACCCUGCUGGACAUGGUGCAGCAUAUGACUGAGAACGUAGCCAUUGUGCAUCAAAUGCCGUUCGCGUACGACGCUGAGGGUUUCGCGGCUGUCUACGAGAAAGUGUACUUCGGCACGGCACAGGCGCGUCUGUACUUGGGAGCUGACUUCCUCGGCAUCAACUGUCAUGUGGGCAUGUCGUCGCUGAUACGACGCUGCGCACUAGAGGAGGCGGGUGGGCUGGCGGCGUUCGGCGACUUCUUGGCUGAGGACUACUUCAUGGCCAAGGCGGUGGUGUCGCGCGGCUGGCGGAUGCGUGUGGCAUCGCUGCCGGCGCUGCAGAACUCUGGUGACAAGUCGGUGGGCGCGUUGCAGGCGCGGCUGAAGCGCUGGGCGCGAUUGCGCAUCGCCAUGGUACCCACCACGGCGCUGCUGGAACCUCUCAGCGAGUGCUUGCCGCUGGGCGCGGGCGCAGCGUGGGCGGCGGGGCAGCUACUGGGUGCCGAACCACUACCCUUCUUCCUAGUGCAUGUGCUAGUGUGGUUCUUGUCGGACUGGCUGAUGCUGCGUUCAGUGCAGAACGGCUCACCACCCUUCACUAAGGUGGAGUUCUUGCUGGGGUGGGUGUGGAGCGAGUGCUGCGCACCGUUCGUGCUCGCGGCAGCAUUGCUGAACCCAGAGAUCUCGUGGAGGACUCGCAGCUACCGGCUGGACUGGGGCGGCCGGGCCCACGAGCUCAAACCCAAGCUCAAGUUCUGAGCCCUGUCCCCUCAUUUUGUCCAAAGCUUUAAUUUGAUGUAUGUAGUUUACAUUAUGUGUCCGGUGUGUGAAUUACCAGUGGCUUCAACUGGAUACCAGUGUGAUUGUGGUUAUAAUAUUAGUAGAUUAACAUUAAGUUUGGAUUUUAAUUUAUAGUUUUGAAAUGAAUGGUGGAUAAUUAUUUUUGUUUUAGAGGUUUGUAUGUUUAUAGAUCGAAGAGUAUGUCUGCUGUUGUAUGUAUAAUUUUGUAGAUUAUUGCAAUUAUUGAUCUGCCAUAUUGAUUUUAGUCUGUUUGAUUUAUGUACAUAUAUUAAUAGUUGGUGAGCUAAAGUUAAAUUCUACGAUAACAAAGUAAUGUGAUUCAUGCCCUUAUCAGAUAGUAUAGUGUACAUCGAUUCCUAUCAAUUACUUAUUCAGAGUGUGAAUCAUAUGUUUUAUAAUGCAACUUGUUUUAGUAAGAUGGGAAGUUUGAAUUACCGACUCACUGCACAAGGCCCUUACAUUCUUAUAUGUUAAUUUUAAGAUUAAAGAAUAUUUUUUUUAUUCUAUGUUGCGUACAAAACAGUUAACGCUAUUAAUACAGUAAUUAAUAUCUGCAGCAUGUUUAAUUGCAAACUCUAUUAGCUCUUCUCAUUCAAAUGCAUAAUAAAAUUAAUUGUAUUUUAAAAACGACUGCAACAUUCUAAAUAAUAAACAGGGUUUUAACCUCUCUAUGAUAAUAGCUUUGUAAAGUGCACUAUGAAUAUUUUUAAUUUUGAUUCUGUGCCUUUGGACAUAGGGGGACGUAAAGUUUUUUUAUCCAAACUGUUCAGGUCUGAAAUGGGACCAAAUAAGGUUGAAAAUUAUUUUGUUAAUAGUUAUUAAAAAAGAAAAAAUGCGAAAUAGUUUUCGGUAAUUUUUUAGUUUCACCGAAUGGUGGCAGAGAGAAAAGACUGGAUUAUUCCUUAAAGUCCAAAGGUAUGUUAUGUUGUGAUUUUAGUGAACAAAUUGUUUUAAUUUUUAUUUUUUGAUAAUUUUAUGUGCCAUGUUUGAUUAAACUGGUUUGCUUUUGUAAUGAAACCUAUUAAGCACAA